AUGAAAAGAACUCUCGGACAGGAGGAUAAAGGUUCCCCCAAACAUUGCAAAUUCGUUCAUCAUUCCAAAGAUGAUGAUGCUGCUGAUGCUGCAUGUGUACAGAGUAGCUGCCCUUCUUCUCUUAACUCAUUACCAGACUCUGCAUUCAAAAUAAUUUUACAAUAUUUGGCGACUUUUGUGAAACUAAAAGAAGAGUCCGACGAGUCUGAUGAUGACAGUAAAAGCGACCAAAGUGAGGAUGAUGUUGUCGCUUCUUCAAAUGCCGAAAUAUUCUUGGGUUGGAAUGAAGAUUUACAUUCUCUCAGCCUCGUUUGCUCUUCCAUUUUUCUCAAAUGCUUUCCUUUUCAAUUAGACUAUUCAAUUCAGAAGGUCUUCAAACAUGUUACGUCCUUAAGGGACAAAAUUGAAAUAUUCAGACAAGCUGAAUCGUGUGCUCACUACUACAAAUAUACACAACAUCUUGCCCAAAAGAGGUUGAAUGAACGGAAAGCAUAUUGGAAAGAAUGGUUUUCCAGCUCAAAAGACUACCCCCAAGAAUAUCAAUCUGAACUGCAAAAGAAACUUUUAGAUCGUGUGAAAUAUAAUUUUCGGGAAAUAAUAUCUCCCAUCUAUGAUGACCAUACAUUUGAGGCCUAUUUUAGCGUUGACGGAAAUGACAUCAUUCAUUUCUAUGCUGAAGGAACUUGUAUGGAUAAUGGGAGAGAGGAAGGCUCUAAUUUCAGUAUUUCUGUCAAAUUUGGAGGUUGUAUAAAAGAGGACGUUUUAAGUAGCAUUGAAAACCACUUGCAACUUCCUCUAGAUAGAUCAUGCUACGAUGAUGACGGAUUCAGUGAUGAAGAAAUCGAAGAGGAAGGUGAGACUAAUAUUACUCAAGAAUUUCAACAUCUCAUGGGCAAUACGGAAGACGUCACAGAGUUAAAGAUAAGCUCAAAAACUCUCCAAAAACUCAGAAAUUGCUUAGAGAUUGGUGAGGAAAUUAGUAAUAACUCGUUAGUUCAGGCCAUUCUACACCUUUUACCAUUGAAAAGAAACGAUUAUAGCUUAUUUGUUUAUUAUGAAUCUAUGAGUUUUAUUGAUUCUGAGAGCAGUGCUUCUGAAUCCGAUUCCACAUCUUCCGAAUGCAAUGCAAAAAAGAAGUGGACCAAGUCACAACACAAAACUAAGAAGGAUUACAUCAAAUCAACAACAAAUCUAUUACCUUUAUUGAAUUCAAUGGGUACCGAUAUGAUUAUUCACAUCAUGAAAUUCUUAAAGAAGAAGCAUAUGAAAAACUUUGCCUUAACUUGCAGAGAUUUCCACAGAUAUUACAUGAUGAGUGGAUGGUCAUUUGCCACUCGAUUUAUUUCAACAGUGAGUACAAUCUUCAGUUUCAAAGCUCUCUCAUUGAUGGAAUCACAAACAAAAUAUGAUAUCAUCCAAAAAAUCAUCACACAACUCCGAGACAAUGCCACAUAUCGUGUUUAUGCUUCUUCACCCUCAAACUCCAACCCUUGUGUGCGUUAUAUCAAGUUGAGAUAUGGUGCCAUUGACUACAAAUCUUUUGUCUCUGCUCGAUUUUCAUUGGAUGGAACGGUUUAUGAACAUUUUGCACUAGAUGACGAAGGCAGUUCUCCUUAUUUCAAAAUUACUAAAUUUGAAAAAAAAGAAACAUCAACACAAGAUGAGGUAACAGUCAACUGUUUGAAAUGUAGCAAUGGAAAAGCAAACAUUACCAAAUCUUUCGUAAAGGAAUUGGAAAUCUUGUUUGCCAAUAGUAAGAUGCCGCAACGAGAGUCCUGCAUUUUCAACAGGUCAAAAAAAGAAGACGAAGAAAGCAAAAAGAAGAGAAAUCUUGUUGAAGCUCUCAUUAGAUGCCUUCCAUGGGAUUCCAGUUGGAAUUGGGUAUUCUUUUCAGGUCAAGUCAAUGUAGUUGAUCGGAUCAAGUAUGCCUAG